AUGGCGACCCCGGAGAGCGACAAUCACACAGGUAAGCUUUUUUCCUUGGGCGCGUUGAAACAGAGGGCCUCGGGGGCAUUCGGCGGCAGCAGCAGCAGACAAAAGAGGCGCCCAGCCUCGAUGAUGAACAUCAGCGUCGUGAGAGAGGAUGAGGGAGGAGUGCCUUCGGGCGUGAAGAUGGAUCUUGUGCCGCUGGACCAAGCACCGCCGCCGCUGCAGAACUGGCUGGCGAAGAAAAAGAGGGAAUCCAUCAACUACAGCUGCUCAAUCCACACGGAUUCUUCAAAAGACUUCAAUGCGGCGAUGGAAGAAUGCAAGCAAACGGUGCUGGAAGCGGGUGGAAACAUACUGGACCUCACUUACCCAGGUGGUUUUCUCUACGACAUGUCCUUCGCCAAACACCCAAACCCUCUCGACAGCCUCGACCAGACCGCGGGCGGUGGCCACAUCAUAGUCGAACCGUACCCAGCCGGAAUGAUUCCUCACCCACACCCUCUCCGCGCGAAUCCACCGCGAAUCAGGUCGGGAAUAGCAACCAGCAUUUUGGAGCACAUGCACCGCUUCGGACUCGCGGAAAACCCGCAUCCAUGCAACGGCCGCGACAAGCCAUGCCUCCCUAGCUGCAGAUACCACUGCACCAGCAACAUUCGCCAGCGCCCAGAGUCGAUGAUGAUAUUUACCCGAACGGAAGACAUGACCGCGCCUGUCAGCAGCUCACCUCCGCGACUGGAGCCCACGAAGCGAACCAGCGUGAUCCGCAUGGAAGACAUCUUCGAGAGAGCUCAGGCUGCUUUCUCGCCUCUGCGACUGAAGCGCAACUCAAUCAAUCUGAGCCGCAUGGUUGAACAAGACGACACCCUUACCUGGCUCGAUGAUCAGGAGACGGUGAAGCAGUUUGAGAAGGAAUCCAGCGACGGAAUGAAGAUGGAGAGAGGAAAGCGCGCGCGACCAACCCCGAUAUUUGGCACAGUGGAGAACAAUCACUACGUUGCCAACUGCAGACCACCGAUAUCGCGUCGCUCAAGCUCCUUGAAGCAGACUGAUAGGGCAUCUUCAGAAGCAAAGAACCAGAUGUCUCGGAGAGACUCCAUCGUCACGGCCGUACAGMAGCUAUCGAGUCCAAUCAUCCAGCCGCAGACUCCGCUAGCAUCUGUCGAGCUGCACAGCCCAAGCUCGAUUGGUCGCCCAUUCCGAGCGUCAACCUCUCCAAACAACGAGCCUCCGAGCCCAAUGUACUCAGAUCUCAGCUCCGAAAACAUUCUGGAACUUCAGAAGAGGUUGACAGACAUCCGGGAGGGUUUAAGCGGCAGAUAG